CCCCCCUUUGAAGUCAUGAUGGCGGAACUGUAGUGUUUAGGACUAGAAAAGUAUUAUCUGCCCAGCAGUUCACUUAUUUAUUUAUUUAUUUAUCUAUCAUUUCCCCACAAUGACCCGCUGGAUUCCAACAAAAAAAGAGAAAUAUGGCGUUGCAAUCUAUAAUUAUGACUCCAGAAGAGAGCAGGAGCUGUGUCUCCAGGUGGGAGACACUGUACACAUACUUGAGACAUUUGAAGACUGGUAUAGAGGGUACACAAUACGGAACAAAGCACAGAAGGGCAUUUUCCCAGCCUCGUACAUCCAUCUAAAGGAGGCUAAAGUUGAAGGGACAGGCCAGCAGGAAAUAGUUAUCCCAGGAGACCUACCACUGGUACUGGAGUUAGGCGCCACUCUGAGGGAAUGGGCACAAAUAUGGCACAAGCUAUAUAUGAACAACAAGACCACUCUGUUCAGGGCCGUACAACAGAUGGCCUACAGCCUCAUCGAGUAUCGAUCUCAGAUAGUGUCUGGAACAUUGCCCAAGGAUGACCUUGUGGAGCUCAGGAAGAAAGUCACAGCUAAGAUUGAUUAUGGAAACCGGAUUCUAGGGUUGGACCUGGUGGUGCGAGAUGACGCAGGGAACACUCUGGACCCGGACUGCACAAGCACAGUCAAUCUAUUCCGAGCCUUUGAGACUGCAUCCCGCAGUAUAGAUGACAGAAUACAAGAGGAGAAGACCCGGAAGCAGAAUCUGGAGAUGCGGCGCCAGUCCCUGUUUAGCACAGUGCACACAUACAGUCUCCUCAUGAACCUCAAGAACUUUGUUUGUAACAUCGGGGAGGAUGCAGAGCUGCUUAUGUCGCUCUAUGACCCUGACCAGUCAGAGUUCAUCAGUGAGAACUUCCUGGUGCGCUGGGACAGCAUGGGCAUGCCCAAAGAGAUUGAGAAACUCAACAAUCUGCCUGCCCUCUUCACGGAUCUGAGCAGCAGUGACCUGAUUAGGCCACGUCUCUUCCUCGUCUGUCAGAUUAUCAGGGUGGGCAGCAUGGAACUCAAGGAGGGCAAGAAACACACAGGAGGGUUAAGGAGACCGUUUGGUGUAGCUGUGAUGGACAUCACAGAUAUCGCCCAUGGGAAAGCAGAUGAUGAGGAGAAGCAGCAUUUCAUCCCCUUUCAGCAGAUAGCAAUGGAGACCUACAUCCGUCAGAGGCAACUCAUCAUGUCACCUCUCCUCCCAUCCCGGGUCAUUGGAGAGAAUGAGCCUCUCACUGCCGUCUUCAACAAAGUCAUUAACACCCGGGAGGUUAACCACAAGGGCCAGGGACUGUUUGUGACCUUAAAGCUACUUCCUGGUGACCUGUCCCAGGUCAGGAAGGACUACUCCCACUUUGUGGAUCGCACCACCGCCAUUGUUAGAAAGAUGGGCUUCCCUGAGAUCAUCCUCCCAGGAUAUGUGAGGAACGAUAUAUAUGUGACCUUGCUGCAGGGGGAGUUUGACCGCGGUAAAAAAACGUCACCCAAAAAUGUUGAGGUGAUGUUGAGUGUACUAGAUGACGAUGGCAAUCUCAUGGAGAAAGCAAUAUUUCCUGGAGCUGGAUAUGAUGGGAUCACAGAGUACAAGUCUGUAAUUUACUACCAGGUCAAGCAGCCGAGCUGGAAUGAAACAGUCAAGGUGACUAUUCCGAUUGAAGAUGUGGGCCGCUGUCAUCUCAGGGUGAUGUUUCGACACAGAUCAUCUCAGGACUCUAGAGACAAAUCAGAAAAGCCAUUUGGCAUGGCGUUCGUCCGCCUGAUGAAAGGAGACGGAACCACACUGAGAGACGGCAGACAUGACCUCAUUGUCUACAAGGUUGACGUAAAGAAGACUGAGGAUGCAAAGACAUACCUGACUCUGCCAGGCUCCUGGGCUGAGGUGGAGGAGAAGGAGAGGCAGACAGGGAAAACCUUUCAGCAUUCAGGAGUCAUCCCAGUCACAAAGGACAGCUUCCAGAUUGGCACUCUCACCUGCUCCACUAAACUCACCCAGAAUGUGGAUCUCCUGGGCCUAUUGAACUGGAGGUCCAACCCUGAACAGCUAGACCAGAAACUGCAGCGCCUGAUGGAGGUAGAGGGAGGAGAGAUUGUCAAAUUUCUACAGGACACACUUGAUGCCCUGUUCAACAUCAUGAUGGAGACUUCAGAGAAGGACACCUAUGACAAUCUGGUCUUUAAUGCUCUGGUGUUCAUAAUCACACUGAUUGGAGACAUCAAGUUCCAGCACUUUAACCCAGUACUGGAGACAUACAUCAACAAACACUUCAGUGCCACUUUGGCUUAUAUGAAGCUGACCAAGGUUCUGAAUUACUAUGUGGGCCAUGCAGAUAAGCCUGUCCUAACAGAGGGGCUGUACUCAGCCCUCAAAGCCCUCAAGUACCUGUUCAGGUUCAUUGUGCAGUCCCGGGUCCUCUACCUCAGAUUCUAUGGGACCAGUGAGGAUGGGGAUGCUUUCUUUAACUCCAUCCGGACACUCUUCCUCUCCUUCAACACACUCAUGGACAGACCGCUAGACGAGGGAGUGAAGAUAAAGGGGGCGAUACUGAAAUACCUCCCCACCAUCAUUAAUGACAUAAAAAAUGUCUUUGACCCUGUGGAGCUCAGUGUUCUUCUGACCAAGUUCAUCGAGAGCAUCCCUGACUCUCAGCUGGUGCGCCAGAAGCUUGGUUGCAUGUGUAAGAUGGUGGAGAGUGGCCUUUUCAAAAAGCCAGAGUGUCGAGAUGUCCUCUUGCCACUGUUGACUGACCAGCUGAGUGGGCAGCUGGAUGACCACUCCAAUAAGCCUGACCACGAGGCCUGUGUUCAGCUGCUCAGCACUGUGCUUGACAACCUGGACCGCAAGGAUGUGGGUCCAACCCGGGGUCAUGUCCAGUUGAUUAUGGAGCGGCUGCUUCGCAGGGUCAAUCGCACUGUCAUCAGCAUGAGCAGAACCUCCCCUCUCAUUGGUCAUUACCUAGCCUGCAUGACUGCCAUCUUGAAGCAGAUGGAUGACAUGCACUACGCCCACUACAUAAGUACUUUCAAGACCAGACAGGACAUUAUUGACUUCCUGAUGGAGACAUUCAUCAUGUUUAAGGACCUGAUGGGGAACGUUUUCCCCUCUGACUGGAUGACCAUGAACCUUCUGCAGAUUGGGGUGUUUCUGCGGGCCAUCAAUCAGUACUCUGAGGUCCUCAACAUGUACUUCCUAGACCAGACCCACUUUGAGCUGCAGCUAUGGAACAACUACUUCCAUCUGACUGUGGCAUUCCUUACCCACAAGUCAUUGCAGCUGGAAUCAUUCUCUCAAGAGAAACGGAACAAAAUACUUAACAAGUAUGGAGACAUGAGGAAGAGCAUUGGCUUUAAGAUCAGAGACAUGUGGUAUAAUCUUGGCCCCCACAAGAUGAAAUUCAUCCCUGCCAUGGUGGGGCCCAUCCUGGAGGCUACCCUGGUGCCUGAGCCAGAGCUUAGGAAAGCCACCAUCCCCAUCUUCUUUGACAUGAUGCAGUGUGAGCACAACUUCACUCCCAGCCGUACCUUUGACAUGUUUGAGAAUGAACUGAUCACCAAGUUGGAUCAGGAAGUAGAGGGAGGCAGUGGGGAUGAACAGUACAAAAUCCUGCUGGAGAAAACGCUACUGGAGCACUGCCGGAGGCACAGAUACCUGUCUCAGUCAGGGGAGGAGCUGGCUCUGCUGCUCAGUAGUCUGCUGGAGAAGCUACUGGCAUACCGCACCAUCACACAUGACGAGAGCCCUGAGCUCCGCAUGAGCUGCACCGUCAACGUCCUGAAUUUCUAUAAAGAGAAGAAACGGGAAGACAUUUACAUACGGUAUCUGUACAAGCUGAGGGAUUUACACCUUGUCUGUGAGAACUACACAGAGGCAGCCUAUACCCUGUUACUUCAUGCCGAACUCCUUGAGUGGUCUGACAAGCCCUGUGCACCUCAUCUGAUCCCCGGUGACGGCCAACAUGUCUGGACCCAGCAGGAGCUCAAAGAGAGGCUCUUCCAGGAGAUAAUCUGUUACCUGGACAAGGGCAAAAUGUGGGAGAAAGCCAUUGAGAUGGGUAAACAGCUGGCAAAGAUGCACGAGAACCAGAUGUUUGACUUCAUGGAGAUUAGCCAACUGCUGAAACAGCAAGCCCAGUUCUUUGAGAAUAUAAUGCAUGCCAUGCGGCCUCAGCCAGAAUACUUUGCUGUGGGAUACUAUGGCCUUGGAUUCCCCACUUUCCUCAGAAACAAGGUGUUCAUCUACCGUGGUAAGGAGUACGAGUGGCUGGAGGACUUCAGUCUGAAGCUGCUGUCUCAGUUCCCAAACGCCGCCAGGAUGACCAGCACAGCGCCCCCUGGGGACAACAUCUGUAACUCCCAAGGACAGCACAUCCAGUGUUUUACAGUCAAGCCAGUCCUUACUGUGCCCACCCAGUUCAAAGACAAGGGGGUCCCUGAGCAGAUUCUAAACUACUACAGAACCAAUGAAGUGGACCAGUUCCAGUAUUCCAGACCCUUCAGGAAAGGUGCAAAGAACCCAGACAAUGAAUUUGCAACCAUGUGGAUCGAGAGGACAACUUACAUCACAUCCUAUUACUUCCCAGGGAUUCUAAAAUGGUUUGAAGUGAAGUCCAUCUCUGUUGAGGAGAUCAGCCCCCUGCAGAAUGCUGUGGAAACCAUGGAGAUGGCCAAUGAGAAGCUCAGUAACCUGGUUCAGCAGCAGGCCUGUGACAGCUCCACGUCAGUCCACCCACUCUCCAUGAUGCUCAAUGGCAUUGUUGACCCUGCCGUCAUGGGUGGCUACACCAACUAUGAGAAGGCGUUCUUCACUGACACCUACAUACAUGAACACCCAGAGGACCUUGAGAUUAUUGAGGUCCUCAAACAUCUUAUUGCCCUCCAGAUCCCUCUCCUGGCUGAUGGGAUCCGGAUCCACGGGGAGAAAUCCACGGAGCAGCUGAAGCCUUUACACAAUCGCCUGCUCACCUGUUUCUCUGACCUGCGGGAGAGAGUGGAGAAGCAUUACGGCGUCAUAACCCUGCCCUGCUCGCUGACUGAGAGGAAGAAGAGUCGCGUGGGCUCAGUAGUGAUUCCCUACAUCCUGUCCUCCACCCUGCGCCGCAUGUCCACCGUCUCCAUCAUCUCCACCACCUCCUCAGGCCUCUCCAGCGGCUCUGCCUCCUCUGAUGGACCCUCACGGCGCUCCUCCUCCCAGGAUUCACUGUUGUCCCGUGCCACUGCCAAUGAUCGCCGGGCCUCGAUGUUGUCCCGCUCGGAAGAUGACAACCGGAUUGGCCGAAAGAACAGAAAAGAAUGGAGUGUGAGCAAGUCACAGGUUUUGGUGGAGAGACAGCCAGACAUAGAUGAGCAGACCCUUCCAGAGAAGCAACAGAGACCCAAAAGCCUACAGUUUGGGGACCGUCGCCUGACCCUGUCUCUGUUCCAGGGAGCCUCUUCUCAGCUCAGCCUUGGCAACCCUCUCAGCCCCCUGCCAGCCUCUCCUCACACUCCUCGCAGCUCCAGUUAUUCAUCUCUCCUUGAAGAUAAUGAUGCCAUCACUGACACUCCUGGGACACCCCCACCCAUGCCACCAAAGAAACAUCCCCACGAGAUGUUUGACCUCCCCCAAAACUCCUCUGAGUUCCUUCCUCCUCUGCCUCAGAAAAUUGAAAGCAAGCCCCCUCCACCUCCUCCUAAGACCAGGAAGUCUAUGUUCCCCGGCUCCUACGAGCACAGUCCUCAGUGAGGAUCCUCCACCUGCUGCCUGGGAUGGCUUGGUUUAUUUUGUGGUACUGUAGCACUUUAUUGUUACAUAACUAUUACAGGACCAGUACCUGUUAUGUACUUCAGAAUUACAUGUCAACAAUUUAUAUUGCUGAUUCUUACGACAAGUAAGAACCAACCAACUGGUUCUUGUGGUGUAUGUGCCCUGUGAAUAUCUAAGAAACAAGCAUACAGUUAAGUCAUUAAAACUCGUUUUUCAACCACUCCCCAAAUUUCUUGUUAAUAAACUAUAGUUUUGGCAAGUCGGUUAGGACAUCUACUUUGUGCACUGCACAAGUCAUUUUUCCAAAAAUUGUUUACAGACAGAUUAUUUCACUUAUAAUUCACUGUAUCACAAUUCCAGUGGGUCAGAAGAAUACAUGCACUACGUUGACUGUGCCUUUAAACAGCUUGGGAAAUUCCAGAAAAUUAUGCCAUGGCUAAUUGGCAUCUAUUAUGAUAGGCUAAUUGACAUCAUUUGAAUCAAUUGGAGGUCUACCUGUGAAUGUAUUUCAAGGCCUACCUUCAAACUGUGCCUCUUUGCUUGACAUCAUGGAAAAAUCAAAAGAAAUCAGCCAAGACCUCAGAAAAUAAUUAUAAACCUCCACAAGUCUGGUUCAUCCAUGGGAACAAUUUCCAAACACCUGAAGGUACCACGUUCAUCUGUACAAACAAUGGUACGCAAGUAUAAACACCAUGGGACCACGCAGCCGUCAUAUCGCUCAGGAAGGAGACGCGUUCUGUCUCCUAGAGAUGAACGUACUUUGGUGCGAAAAGUGCAAAUCAAUCAUAGAACAACAGCAAAGGACAUUGUGAAGAUGCUGGAGGAAACAGGUACAAAAGUAUCUAUAUCCACAGUAAAACGAGUCCUAUAUCGACAUAACCUGAAACGCCGCUCAGCAAGGAAGAAGCCACUGCUCCAAAACCGCCAUAAAAAAGCCAGAUUACGGUUUGCAACUGCACAUGGGGACAAAGAUCGUACUUUUUGGAGAAAUGUCCUCUGGUCUGAUGAAACAAAAAUAGAACUGUUUGGCCAUAAUGGCCAUCGUUAUGUUUGGAGGGAAAAGGGGGAGGCUUGCAAGCCAAAGAACACCAUCCCAACCGUGAAGCACUGGGGUGGCAGCAUCAUGUUGUGGGGGUGCUUUGCUGCAGAAGAGACUGGUACACUUCACAAAAUAGACGGCAUCAUGUGGUAGGAAAAUGAUGUGGCUAUAUUGAAGCAACAUCUCAAGACAUCUUAAGUCAGGAAGUUAAAGGUUGGUCGCAAAUGGGUCUUCCAAAUGGACAAUGACCCCAAGCAUACUUCCAAAGUUGUGGCAAAAUGGCAUAAGGACAACAAAGUCAAGGUAUUGGAGUGGCCAUCACAAAGCCCUGACCUCAAUCCCAAUAACAUUUGUGGGCAGAACUGAAAAAGCAGGUGCGAGCAAGGAGGCCUACAAACCUGACUCAGUUACACCAGCUCUGUCAGGAGGAAUGGGCCAAAAUUCACCCAACGUAUUGUGGGAAGCUUGUGGAAGGCUACCCGAAACGUUUGACCCAUGUUAAACAAUUUAAAGGAAAUGCUACCAAAUACUAAUUGAGUAUAUGUGAACUUCUGACCCACUGGGAAUGUGAUGAAAGAAAUAAAAGCUGAAAUAAAUCAUUCUCUCUAUUAUUAUUCUGACAUUUCACAUUCUUAUAACAAAGUGGUGAUCCUAACUGACCUAAGACAGGGAAUCUUUUACUAGGAUUAAUUGUCAGGAAUUGUGAAAAACUGAGUUUAAAUGCAUUUGGCCAAGGUGUAUGUAAACUUCUGACUUCAACUGUAUUUCUGAAAAAGUAGUAAUAACGGUGACCGAAACACAUUUCCCAAGGGACUUUGAAAUGUUGUUGUAUAUAUUUUAUAUCACUGCUAGGUAAGGGAAUGAUCAAAGCUUCAAUUUUAUCUUUUGUCAUUAUGUGUUAGAAUCACACUGAACUGUUAAUAAAUUCCGGUGCAUUCUUCACAAAAAAGCAGAGGCAAUGACUGCAUUUUAAUGUUUUAUUAUGUGAUAUAGCUAGGUGAAAACCUUUUAAUUAGAAUCACUAUUACUGAUCAAAGGCAGGGAAUGUGUGGUAUGUGAUUCACAACUGGUUUCAGCACGCACAGGCUUGGAUUCUGUUGUUGAUUAUAUAGUUUACAUCUAUGGUUGCAUCAGCACUGACCUAAAAUGACAGUAAAUGCCACCCCUUGACGUUUUGGUUCUCUUUGCCCCGUCAUGGUCAUAGCACAUAGUACAUGCAUAGUAGUCCUUUUUGAAGGAACUGAGAUUGUAAUCAAAAUGGCAUUUUCCCCAAAUCAUUGAAUCAGUAGUAUUUGUCUAAGAUAAAGUCAAAUUGAAUAACCUUGACUGACUCAUAAUACUGUGUAGCUAUGCAUUAAAUCAAAUCAAAUGUAAUUUGUCACAUGCUUUGUAAACAACAGGGAAAUGCUUAUUUACACAUUUUUUAGAGACAUGCACUGGAUUGAAUUAAUGUAAAUUUGAUUUUAUUGUAUAUAUUUUUUUUAAAGAACAAACUACUUUAUAUCUUGACCUCUUGCUUUCUAUACAAAUCAGCUUAAUCUAUUUUGUUGAAGCAAGUUCUCAUUUAUGGUAGAGAGAGAAUGUUUUUUUGUACAGUUUUCAACAGAACAUUGUACAAAUGGCAGCAACAUGCUGAAUUGUGAGUACAACUUACAUUUGAAAAUAAGAAUUGUCAAUACUAACUAAAACACAAUAAAAAAACAGAUGUAGCCAAUGAGAAAUGUACAAAUAAUGUUCACCAACAACUGUUAAGCAGGCGAACAAUGGCUGGGAUGGCGCUGCAACGGAAACACUCAGUCCUGCAGUGGAUCAGUUAAGUUGUGGAGUGGGUCAGGUGUACACUAACAGAUGAUCGUUUAGAGCAUAUGGUGGUACGGAUCGGAUUGCGAAGGAUCUUGAGAGACUCCUUGCGUGUGUAGAGUGAUUGUAGGUCCAGAUUGGUGCAUGUAUCGGAGUAGGAGGUGUAGUCUGCCCAUGAUGAUCUGUACUGCUCUUCUCUGGUCCCUCUCAAUGGUGUCCCUUGGUUAGCCCUGAAUGCCACACUGGAGCAGCAUAUUCCUCCACUAGUCGGAUGUAGGUGGUGAAAACCAUUACCAGGUCCAAAUAUAUACAUUCUAUACUUUUUUUAAAUUCAGUCUUAUUUUUUUAUGCAGUGCUCCCGUUGUCUGCUGAAUUGCUCAUCCAUGCAUGUGAUGUAUUUCAGAAAUUACAGGUUUGAUUUAUAUAGUGCAAGAAUGAGUCUUUUAUUUUCGAAGGGAACUAACCUUUUUGUAUGAGUUUUUCUAACAAUGAUCAGAACAGAUAUUUGGUAAAGAGAUUUAUAGCUAUACUAGCAUGAAGAAAUGUAAUAUACAUUUUUGACCAAUAAAACUUGUAAAGCCGACCAUAACAGAAAUAAAUAAUUGAAUAAAUGUUA